AUGGCUGUUUCGUCCACGGGCAAUGAUAUACCUAAGGUACUCAUUUUGGGCCAUUCAUUUGUGCGUAGACUUCGCAGUGAUCUACAUGCACGUUUCGACGAGCGAGCAGCCAAAAAUUUUGACCUGCAGGGAACGGCCGAGAUAUUUAUGCAUGGCGUGGGAGGUCGAACAGUCCCAAAACUAAGAAAGAUGGAUAUGGGGGUAAUCACUAGAAUAUCCCCUGAUAUAGUCAUUCUCGAUAUCGGGACGAACGACUUAGCUCUUGCCCCACCUGAGGUAGUGGGUUCUGACAUCGAGGAACUUGUUCGCUCGUUGGUCGCGGAGUACUCCGUGCGCGCCGUGGUUUUGUGCCAAGUCACUCCACGUGCGACAAACAAGGGCUCUAAUUUUAAUGAGAGAGCCAAGCUUUUGAAUCAGUACACCCGGGUAGUGAUCGAGCCCAUAGAACAAGCCAUUUGUUGGACGCAUAGAGGUUUCUCCAACCCAUCCGUAACCCCCUUUUUAGCAGACGGGGUACAUUUUAACCCCAUGGGACAAUAUACCUUGUACAGGAGUUACCGCGGAGCGAUAAAACAUGCCGUAGGAGCAAUACGGCAAGAUGAUAAUUGAUAGGGUUAUGUUAAGUCUGUUAUUUAAGUUAGUAUUGAGUAGUUUAUGCGAACUGUGUAUUUUCCCUUGGAGCGAGCAGUUUGUUCCAACGGUUGUUAGGUUUUGAUAAUAUGUGUCCUAUACCCUCCGCUAUUCUAUGUCCUCUGAUUGAGGACCUGUCUUAUAUCCGCUUUUUGAGGAGUAGUCUUAUAUCCUCUGAGCAAGGACUUGUCUUAUAUCCUCUGAUUGAGGAUUUGUAUUAUAUCCUCUUGUUGGAGGAUUUGUUUGAUAUCCUCUGAUGGAGGAUUUGUCUUAUUUCCUCUGUUUGAGGAGUUGUCUUAUAUCCUCUGAUAGAGGAUUUGUCUUGUAUCCUCAGCUUGAGGAUUCGUCUUAUACCCUCUUAUUUGAGGAGUUGUCUUAUAUACUCUGAUAGAGGAUUUGUCUUGUAUCCUCAGUUGAGGAUUCGUCUUAUACCCUCUUGUUUGAGGAGUUGUCUUAUAUCCUCAGAUUGAGGAUUUGUCUUAACUUUUGGCUACACACGGCUGGUGGUGCGGCGACUCAACCUGUCAGCCAGGCCAGCCGCUGUGAAAAUUAUUAUCCAUUCUCAUAUUUUCCUAGACAAUGAGAAACUAUUUUUUAGCAGAAGUGUAGUACCGUUUUGGCGCUUGCCCUCCUUUAAAUUUAUGCUACUCCUCUCUUUAAGCUUUCUCGUUUAGAAUGCCACCUAAAAAGUUGCAAGCGAGGAAGCGAGCCCUUCAAACGGCAGACGAAGGCCCGUCAGCGCAACGCAGCCAUCGUCAAUCCACUAGGAACUCGACGUUGGCGUCCAGUUCGACUGUAGUGUGGCAGCCGAAGAUGAUUCCAGUGGUAUACCGCCGUCCAAUGUGCCUCCUACCACGGUUCAGCAACUCGAUCCCGAACUGGUCCAAUCAAUAGUGUCUACCGUUGCAGCGGAGGUCACCCGACAACUGGCAGCGACUUUACCAGCCCUCACUUCGCCAACUGACGAGUUUCCAGCGACUCGAAGCGUUUCAGCUACGCCAGAAGGAAUUACAUUAGUAGGCAAUAACUGAGGCGCACCUGCUAUCCUAGAGUGAGCCGCAGCUAUCGCUCCCUCCACCAGAGUCGUGGCUGAACUUGCAGGCAAUGGUGGCGCAGACAAACGACGCUCCUCUGAUCUAUAGUGCGUCAUGUCAGGAAAUAGUAUAGUUUACUCGCGCAAGAUGACAGACAUAAAUAUGUUAUAUGUAUUUCUUGAACGAUAGAUUAUUUGAAAACUGGUUUUUCGUAAUUGUUUGUCACAAAAGUCAAAUAAUGUAAACAAGUUAGCAAUAAUGGCCAAAUCAUGCGACCAGUUAAAGGGAGCACGCCAGAAAUAUUUGUGUAAAUUUAUACUAACCUUUUAAUUACAUGUAAAUAUUUUCAUCGGGCGCCAUUUUGAAUGUUGAAAGCGGUAUAUAUUAUUAGCUUAUCGCAGGCGCAAUAAUUUAUGUUCAUGUUUGACAUUAAUUUAUGUUACACGAUGAUACUCCGAAGGGCGACCGAGAAAGAUCCGAAAUUUAAAUAAAGAGGGGAGUGAAACGGCCGAACACGUGAUGGGGUAUUGGCCAAUGACAAUGCGUAUAUCCAAUUUCCUUAUCUGGCCAUGCUCGUUGACCAAGAACUGUCGAAUCUGAAAUAUUUCAAAACUUGUAUUGAUUUGCAUCGUUGCUCGCCAGCAAUGAAUUUUCGACAGCAGAGAAACAAGGCAUAAGCGAAUGCUGGACACAAAAUACAUGUAAAUCGUCGGAUAAUAGAUUUGUAAAUUGUCCUCAUUACUCGCUGGGGCACUCUGUGCUCCAGACGAGUAUAGGUUUCGGCCAGCCUAGUUUCUGGCCUUCUCGCUUCCGCCUCAUUAUUUUAGGGGGAAAUCAACAAGGUUUGCAGGUUGACCGGGAUAAAGCUGUAUUAUUUGGAGACUGGGGACAGCGCGACCCAGUUCGGAUAUUUUCCGAAACAGACAGCCCGCAAGUUCACGACAGCCUGUAACUCGCCCGCGCUUGGAAGGCCAGGGACUAGGCUGGGUUUCGGCAUGGUUCUCCGAUCGUCGAUAGCACAGGUCGAUAGCCAACCUCGUACCCAGGGCUAGUCGCGAAUUGAAGGCGGCGACCCGCCUUCAAUUCGCGACUAGCCCUGGGUACGAGGUUGGUCGAUAGCCACAAAAUAGAAUAUUAAUGAGCUGCUUGACCUUUUCAAAAUGGCGGGGCCUUUCGUGAAGUGGGCAAAAUGUUUCAAACAAUUCCGUGCCCAAUUGCGUGAAAAUUUUGGCCGAAUUGUACCUGUUUUCUAUAGAUUUUGCAUUGUGUCAAACUCUGGACAUUCUUGCUAGUUUAUUUAAUGCGUUUUCCUUGGUGUACGACUCUGAAAAUUCGAAAUUUGGAUCGUCGAAUUCCCGUGCACGAUCAUAAUUUACUGAAUCUGAAUAUAAACGAGCCAAAGACAAUUUCAGUUAAAGUUAAAGUUAAUUGCAGUUUAAGUUAUAACUACUUUAUGAGAAGCAUAUUGGUGUCAUAUCAAUAUGAAUUAAUUUAUCGAACAACAGUCCGUGAAAACUGUCUGUAGACUGUAGUGUACUCAGUAUGAAAUAUGAUAUUGUAUUUGUAUAAAAUGCCUCUUAAUGGCGCAAUAAGGAUAAAAAUACCACCGUUCGAUUCAGCGUAAGAAAUUGUACUUACGGAUGUCAAAUGUAUUACUAAUCAUCAGUAUUCUAGCGAUUUAUGGCCUUUGAAAAUCAAGCGAAAUUGUAUUGUUGACAUCAAAUCACUCGCAGUACGUUUGCCCUUGUAUGUAUUGCCUAAUUAAUGGCGCAAUAAAAAUACCACCGUUCGAUUCAGCGUAAGAAAUUGUACUUACGGAUGAGAAAUUGUACCUACGGAUGUCAACUGACAACAGUAUUAUAGCUAUUUAUGGCCUUUGUCUUUGAAAGCCAAGCGAAAUUGUAUUAUUUGUUGACAAAUCGCUCAAAUAAUUUAUAAAAGAUGCAGUAUACGUUUGAUCCUUGAUAACUUUGGUAUCAUUGGUUUUCUCUUUUUCGGCCGUACACCAGUGGAGUCGUGUCACUUCUCUCUUCAUUUUGAUAAUAUAUUUUGAGCCGAAAAGCCCCCAAAUAUUUUAUUUUGAACGUUUUAAACUGGCGGCCGACAGAAGAAUGUAGCGUACUAUAAAAUAUAACUCAUCGGUGAUACGUAUACUAUAAAAUAUAACUCAUGUCUCAUCGGUGGCAAGUAAAGCAACGAAAAUUCUUGGUGUGAUGCGACGUAAUCUGCGGAAUUUUCCCAAGAAAGUGAGAGAAACAGCAUACAAAUCCAUUGUACGACCCAAGCUAGAAUAUGCAUCAACAGCCUGAGAUCCUUACACUAACAAGGACAAAGUGGCUUUGGAAAGUGUGCAGAGAAACAGCGCAUUUCUGUUCCAAGAAUUACAAUCCUAUGUCAAGGGUCACUGAUAUGAUUGAAGAUCUAAAUUGGGAAAGUUUAGAAGUUAGAAGAAAGAAAGCUAGAUUGACAUUGUUGUACAAACUCUCUCGGAAUCGUGUAGACGUUGAAACAAAUAAUUACUUGCUGGUAAAUAAUGAGACCAGGACUCGUGGCAGUCAUAGCUAUAAAUAUAGAGUCCCCAAAACUACCAAAGAUGUUUUUAAAUUUUUCUUUUUCCCUCGCACGAUUAGGGAAUGGAAUUUACUUCCCGAAGAAAUUGUGAGCUCAGAGAACCUCCUCCAGUUUAGAAACAAUUUAUAAUUAAGCAAUUCUUUUUAAUAACAGUAAAUAUUGUUGUAAAUAUAGAUUUUUAGAAUAGGUAUAGUUAUAAAUAGUUGGUGUGAUAUUCGAAAGGAUUUUACCGACUUAACAUAUAUAUAUAUAUAUAUCGUGUACAUGUUCGCCGGCCAACUCUCAUCAGUCAUCAACUCUUAUCAAGAUUGAGCAGGUUCAAACUUUAAUGUGAGUUGACGAGUUUUUGCUUGUUUGACUGGUAAUAUCCGGUCAACUCUCAUCAACUAGCUCGAUCUUUACGCAACUUUUGUUCUCGUUGAUGAAGAAAGUUGAUGAAGCUCUUUGCAAACUUUUGCUUGCCUACGCUCAUCAAUUCUCAUUCUCGUUUGACCAAAGCUUAAGUGACGAAUACAUAGAAAAAUAGGAAUAUAUGCGAGUAUGAGAGUCCCCCCCGGGAGUUCAAUAACAAUCGUAAUUGUUAUUUUACAUCCACGGUUUAACGGUACUUUUUAAAACAUGGGCAGCAGCGUUUUAUCAGAUAUAAACUAAGAUACGAGGCGAAGCCGAGUAUCCUUAGGUCUGAUAAAACACGCACUGCGAAUGUUUUAAAUUGCUUCAAAAAUGAUCGAUCUAGUAUGUUAAUUGACAAAUAAAUCAUUUUCAAAAAAUACGAUGUGUAAGUCGAGAAAAUCAAAGCAUGCAUGUAAAGAUACGACACGCCAUGUAUUUUGUACUUUUUGUCUGAUUUACUGUUUCAUAAUUUUCAUAUGAAGGCGGUGCAUUUGAACGCUUAAUUUUUGUUACAGUGGGGCAUUUGAAGACAUUUUUUGCACAGGUGGUGGAGAAUUUGAUGAGUCAAAUUUCAAAAAGGGGGCAUGUUGAAGUUUGGAAUUGAUCGGUACGUAUACAUCGGCAAAUACCGCGAUAAAAUUUAAUGUUACCGUGAUAAAAUUUAAUGUGAAUGUUAAAUGCGCUACAACAUAGCUAAUGGUUUUAACUCUAUCUUUCAAGAUAAAAGACAUCGCUCUACUCCCGCCCCUUCUUUAAUCUUUACAAAUGAUCCCAGACCAUGCAUGAUUAACACAAUUUAGCGCAUGCUUAAUUAGCAAUUUCAACGUUCGUAUCGUUUUUGGAUGGUCGAGAAUGAUUUCGAUUCGCUAUAUACGUACGUAGUUCUAGCGCAUAACAAACUUUUUGAAAACGAACCCGUAUACAGUACGUGUGGACAUGGCCCAAAUUCUUGGGGUUUGUAUAAUUUGAUCUUUAAACAUAAAUUGUUUGUUCAUGUAUUAUUAAACUGGCUGUUUUAAUUUUUUGAUGAUAUAUUUAGUAUCAUUAUUCAAUAGAUACUAGCAUAGUGCGUGGAGACUUAUAUAGCAUUUGCGUGCAUUUGCGCAAGCUUACCAGAUUGAGAUACAAAUUUGUUAUAAAGUUGUUCUCCGUGCGAACACAAGUAUAGAGAGAGAAAGCAAUCUAAGCAUAGCUUGAUGCAAUACCUCCAUUAUAGAAUUUAAUUUCCUUUUCAAUUACUAUCUCUCCUUGACCUUCAAGAGGAAUCGUUACAUGAAAUUAUCUAAUCAAGCAACCCUGCUUGGAGCUGGCUGGAAGGGACAUUUCCUGCGUUAGAGCAAAAAUUUGUAAUUACAAUCAUGGGUUUAAUUUAAUUUGCGUUGGGGAACAUAUGCAUUCAAGGUCAUGUGAAUCAGUUUGUAAACUAUAUCAUUAGACAUUAGACGUGAAGUAAUACUUUGUUUUAUUACCAAUCACUUUAAGCUAUUCGAGUUGCAAUUUUAACAACUUAUUUCUAUAAUUUUAGUUAUAUAAUAGUCUUGUUUGCUAUAUAUACAGUGCAUAUCAAACUUUCUAAAAUUAGCUUUUUUUCUUAAUCCAUAAUAUGGGAAUGUCCGCCCUAAUUCAUGCAAUUAAUUAAGUAGUAAUGAUUACAUGCAUGCAUGACUGAACAAUUAAGUAGUCAACUAAAUAAUUAAUUAUUCACACAAAGAGAAAAACAAUGUUAAAAUCGGCAAAUUAAUCCGCCACAGCAGGCCGGGCAAGCAGAAAUUUCGAUAUAAAAGUAGAAAAACUGGAGCAUCACAUCAUUUCACUGCCACUGAUUGAAGAAACUCAAAGAUCCGUAUAAUAAACUGACGACGAUAGAAGUGAUGAAAGUUGGACGAAUUGAAACAGUUAUUUUCUUGUUUCUAAUAUUCUAUGAAACUGGUGAGAAUAGUUCUCUGUUUUUUUCACGUUUCUGCAUGGUUAGUGCGCGCUUCAUUUUUCAGUUGUGCGCUUUAUAUAAGAAUCGCGAAAACAAAACUUUAUUCUAUAUGAAAUACUGAAAGAACUUUCAAGAGUUGCUCAUGAAAUUGUUCGUGCAAUAUACCUGUAGCGUAUUGCAUGUCAAUUGCGGUCAUUAAAAAAUCCAAUUUUUGAAAAACAAUUUGCUAUAUCUAAUUUUGUACGGUAAGGUAUAUUCAAAUUUUGCACGCUGUGUUGUAAUACAGGGUGUCCCAAAAAAACGAAAACUAUUGAAAUAACGUAUUGUUAGAAUUUGAAUGCCUCGGCACUCUGCUGAACCCACACGUGCAUGUAUCAAAGCUUGACAUAAGUAAAUUGUAUGCCGAUAAAGAAACCGUUUGGGAAGCUGCUCUAAAUUCCCAAGAGCAGAAAAUCGUGCGCUUUACAAAGAUAUUUUAAUUUCUUAAUAAGUAAAUAUUUAAUAUAUGCACCCUUGUCAAUAUUUUACGCAUCUUUACGUUUAGCUUAGUGCUAGGCAUUCAAAUUUUAACAAUACUUUAUUUCAAUGGUUUUCGUUUUUUUGGGACACCAUAGCUUAACUGACAAUCCGUGAAAAGGGAAAUUGUAACUGACAUUUUUACUGAUAGCCAACGAUGCCUAGCCUCCUCCGCAGGCAUCAUCCAAUGGCUUGAAUUUUAGCUAACAGCGGCGUAAACUUUUCAAGUAACUGAGAAAGGCAUAAUGAUUUUUUUCUUGUGUAGUAAAAGCCGACUCUAGUUGUAAGAAGCAACGCCGUGAAGUAUUUUUGGCCAGAAGAAGCACUCGAAGUGUUCGUCAAUAUCUUCCUCAAUGUACAACUUCGGGCAAGUACAAACCGCUGCAAUGUGGUUCUGAAUAUUGUUGGUGUGUUGAUGGCAAUGGUAAACGAGUCAGUGAUGACAUGCCUGCAAAAAGAGCAGACUCCUUGAUCUGUUCAUUCACGAAGCGCAAACGUGGUGAGUAUAUAGCUAAUAGUAUAUAGUUCCCGGUUGGUAGCUCCUAGACCUUUCCAGUUCCAUUAUACGAGAGUCCUGCAUGAGGAAGUCCGUGAUGGUUUUCCGUAGAUUUUUCUCAUUCACGUCCCGUGCAUGCUUCGUAAAAUGUGGCUUAAUUACAAUCCCACUACAUGAACGUUAUUGCACCCUGCAUGCAUGCGAACCAAUUUUGGAUUCUCACCACCAAAGAAUACAAUUUUCCCUGAUCAAAAUGUGUGACAUUCCUCGUGACAGUCCGCGUUAACUGGUUUGAUGAUCAGAUCAUUAUACAACAAGAUGUAAAAUAAAGUCUGCAUAUUGUAAAACAGUUUAUACGCAUAUCAAUAUAUGACUGGAUUUGGACUGUGUGUAUUAAUAUGAGCUAUAAUUUAGAUCGAUUUGUGUAAGUAAGUUAAGCAAGUGCCAAGUGAUCAGUCCGUAUUCACUUCAAAUUAAACUUUGGUGGCGCCAGAAUUUGAUUUUAAGUCAUUGGAGUAUUAAACCCCUCGAACUUGCAAUCAGAUGUAGUACACAUUUUCAACCAGUAUAUCAAUGUCCUUGUUAUCAUUCAAAUAUUCGAUCCGCUAUGAUUCAAUAAUCAGCCACAACGAUUCCGCUUUCAUCCCCGUGAAUGGCGAAACAGUUUCUGAAUAAAACUCAACAUUUGAGCAGGAAAACCAAGAAAAGACGAGAGUUUUAAAGUCUGUGAAAUUCAUGUGCAGUAAAACGUACGUAUAUAAUUGGUAAAUUUAUUUAAUUUUUUUAUAGAAAUGAGUGCAUGUGAGCUUGAACUUCAGGAAGCUAAUGAUAUGCCAUCUGGUAGUGUUGGUGUUUUUUACCCAGCAUGUAAUCCUGAUGGUACCUACCGAGCAAUGCAGUGCAAUCAGUCUACUGGUUGGUGCUGGUGUGUUGAUGUCAAUACCGGAGACCAGCUUGAUUGGGAAACCCAAGACAUAAGUGAACUUAACUGUGGUAGGUUUUGCCAUUUUUAUAGUAUCUUGAGUAUGUAAGUCAUUUUUGCUUUGGUCAUGAAAAAGUGCAGAAACUACAUACUUGCUCGGUGCGGGUAGGGUUACAGUUUUUGGUCCUCACAGAUUAUAACUCUUUGCAUUAUAUAUCCACUGACAUUCUCAGUUUCGGGAACAUUUGCCUUUCACCUCUAAGGCCGCAGGUUCAAGCCUCAGUGAGAACUUUCUCAAUGCGACUCGAACCCAGUCCUCAUGUGAAAAGAGUAAAAGUCCGGCAACGCUCUGCCGAAAAUCGUGGGUUUUCUCCAGGUACUCCGGUUUCCUCCCACAGGGAACGUUUAAAAAAGGGUGGGUUAGGUAAAAGGGCCCACAGUAAUUGGCAUAUACUGUAAUUGUGGUGACCCUGCCCUAGUUAGCGAAGCUAAAUUCCGAAAUAAAGACACGCGCUGCCAAGUUGAUACUUUUACCGCUAAUGACGGACGGAAUCAUAUAGCUUGGCUAUGGAACCAGAGGUCUUUUCAGCAAAAGGAAAUAGCCUGAAUCUCUCCUCCGUACAGUAAUUUCCGGUCCCCAAUGUUCUCUGGGCCUUAAUUGUUCCAGCACAUGCAAUAACCUGAGAACGAGUUUCUAUAAUUCCACUUAAUUGAUAUAGCACGGAGCCUCGACUUGGCGUUAUUGCUCUUAGUGAAAACUAGAUCGAGCGUAAUAUUCGAAAAUGGCUUAUUUUGAUUUCACUUUGCUCUUUUUCCUUAUCUAGAGUGA